CGUAAAGCGUCAUGGCGGCCCGCUGCGGCAGAGCGUUGGUUAAGGUCGGCUGGACUUUCCUGGCCUCCCCGCGGUCUCUCCGGGCCGGAACCGGGGCCAGGCUCGCGGGGAACCGGGCCUACGGUACCGGGAGCUCCGGGGCGCGGGCGGGGCUGGCUCUGUCUGCCCGGACGGCGGCCACGGGAGGCGGACUGCUCGGCGCGUUUCUGCUCGGAGGAGGACUGGGACUUUACCGCACAGUGAAACAGCGACAACAAGAGCACCAUGCACAAGAACAAGAGACAGGACAGGCUCAAGGGGGCGCUCUGAAGCUGGUGUUGUACCAGUAUAAGACCUGUCCGUUCUGCAGUAAAGUCAGAGCGUUUUUGGACUACCACGGGCUUCCGUACGAGAUCGUGGAGGUGAAUCCCGUCAUGAGGAAAGAGAUCAAGUGGUCCACGUACAGAAAAGUGCCUAUUCUCAUGGUCGACGAAGAAGUGCAAUUGAACGACUCCUCUGUCAUCAUCAGCUCAAUCAAGACUCACCUCAUCUCCAAGGAUAAGUCCGUGUCGGAGAUUAUUCGCUGUUAUCCCGAGUUGAAGUCCAAAAACGACAGUGGGAAAGAGGUGGUGGAGUAUAUGAACAAAUACUGGCUGAUGCUGAGUGAGGCCGACACGCUGCUCAUGUACCCAGAGAAAGGCAUGCAGAAAGAGGAGAUGAAGUGGCGUCAGUGGGCGGACGACUGGCUGGUGCACCUGAUCUCUCCAAACGUGUACAGGACCACGGGCGAGGCGCUGGCGUCCUUCGACUACAUCGUACGAGAGGGAAAGUUCGGCUCCUUCGAGGGAUUCUUCGCCAAAUACGUGGGAGCGGCGGCCAUGUUCAUCAUCUCCAAACGACUCAAGAACAGACACAACCUCCAGGACGACGUGAGGCAGGAUUUGUACAAAGCGGUGAAUGACUGGAUCGCAGCCAUCGGCAAACAACGCAAGUUUAUGGGAGGAGACCGACCGAACCUCGCAGACCUGUCGGUGUACGGCGUCCUGCGUGUGAUGGAGGGACUGCAGGCGUUCGACGACAUGAUGAAAAACACCAAAGUCAAACACUGGUACAAACGAAUGCAAAGGGCCACACAGAACCACGAGGGCAGACAGUGAAAACGACUAAAGACUGGCUCGUUCACACGUUCACUCGACGUCAAAACUCAAGUCUGAUCCAGUAACGCAAAGAGACACAAAACUCCACGAUACGGUUUCGAAAUAACGGUAAAAAUAGUAAAAAUGGUUGAAAUGACUUGAAUUUUGCGUAUUAAAAGUGCAUCGUUUAACGCUUUUCUCCAUGAAGAUGUUAUUGCUUUGUCUGGAAUAUUUCACAGUAUGGCAUUAAACCUUUCUAUCUCCAUGGAGACCAAACUAGACCAAGUUACAGGUCAGAUCUGUGGAGAGGCGACCCCGCUCACAGUCAGAACGUCUGUUUUUCAAGGUAUUUUUGCAUUAAACCACCUGUAAUUGAAGAAAUGUAAAGUAGAGCUGCUUAAUACGGAGCCCGCCUGAUGACAUGUGCGAAAAAAGAUAAUAAAUCGUGGCCAAUUAAUAUUUUCAAAUUACUAUAUCAGAUUACUAUUACUACGAAUUACCACAAUAUGUAAUUCGUUCCCACAUUUUAGCUAAAACGUGGAAACGAGUUAAUUAAAACGUGGAAACGAGUUAAUUAAAACAUGGAAACGAGUUAAUUAAAACAUGGUAACGAGUUAAUUAAAACAUGGUAACGAGUUUGCCAAAACGUAGGAACGAAUUGGCUAAAACGUGGAGACGAAUGAAUGAAAAUGUGGGAACGAGUUCGCCAAAACGUGGGAACAAAUUGGCUAAAACGUGGAGACGAAUGAAUGAAAAUGUGGGAACGAGUUCGCCAAAACGUGGGAACAAAUUGGCUAAAACGUGGAGACGAAUGAAUGAAAAUGUGGGAACGAGUUCACCAAAUCGUGGGAACGGCUGCACUAAAACGUGGAGACGAAUUAAUGAAAACGUGGGAAUGAGUUCACUAAAAUGUAGGAAUGAGUUAACUAAAACGUGGGAUCAAGUUCGCUAAAAUGUAGGAACGAAUUAACUAAAACAUGAGAACGAAUUCACCAAAACGUGGGAAUGAAUUAGCAAAAACGUGGGAACAAAUUAACUAAAUCGUGAGGACGAAUUAACAAAGACGUAGGAUUGAGUUACAUAUUGUGGUAACGAAAUAGUAAUUUGAGGCCAUGAUUUAAUAUCUUUUUUUCGAGCACGUCAUCAGACGGGCUCCGUAGUUUAAUGCCAUAAUGUGGAACAUAACGGACAGAGAAAUUAUUUCCAGAUCGGAACCAGCCAGAAAUGUCAUUAAAGAUGAAGUAUUAAGCAAAAACGACUCUGAAAUCAACACCCAAGCACGUUUCAGUCAUUUAGGACGACAACUGACGCGACAAGUUCACCAUGAAUUUUUAAAAACAUGAUACAAAACUUUACAAAACAACUUGACAAACCUGAUUCGAUGUGUAAUAGAUUCAUUUGCGACAUUCACGUUGAUUAUGUGGCAACGACGCUCUGAAGGGGGUGGUGACUUAGGCCAGGGAGGAAAAACGAAAACAUGGCGAUCAUAGCUUCCUGGGAAUUUCUUUUUGUCAAAACUUUCGAGUAAGUUAUAAUUAAGUAAGUAACUCAACCUGACACCAGUCGACCAUGUUACAGGUCAGAUCUGUGGAGUCUCUCACAACUGGGUAAGUUUAAUGCCAUACUGUGGAGCAUUUCAGGCGUAACAUCGCCACGGAGACAACAACAAUGGUCAGAAAAACCCACGUUCAAGUCGUUUUUAGUGUUUUACAAAUGACACUUUCAUCUUAUAACUGCCCCUCUGAAAUUCUGAAAUAAAGGAGAUUUUUUGGCA